AUGGCCCGCAGUACAAGUCAGAAUUCAUUACUAUGUUUUUUUUGUGUGAGUAGUCUGUUUAUUGGUUGCACUCGUGGUGGCUCGUCCGCAUUUUCAACCAUUCGGUCGAAAUUUACAACCAUUCAAUUAUGUGUUGACCAGCUUACUGCCCCGGGAGAUGAAUGCGUUAUUCCUGGAGGGCGUUACCUAGAACGCGUGACUGUCACGAAUAAACAUGGUACCCCUGAAAAACCAAUCAUCAUACGGGGAAUCCUUGACGAAUAUCCGAUCAUUGAUGGUACUGUCCAACUAAAGCCAAAGGAAGGAUGGGUGAAAGAUGACAGUGGCGCUUUUAAGGCUGUCAUAGACCAUGACAUUUGGCAGUUAUUUAUCGACGGCGAGAUGAUGACAAAUGCACGCUGGCCAAACGCACUGUGGUCCAACAAGACAGUAUUCAACGCCAGUUACUGGGCGAAGUCGUCCACCUUGUCCACACGAGGUGUUAUGGUCGAUGAUGGCUCAAAGGACUUGGCUGGAAGCGGUCUGAACGCAACGGGUGCCAUGGCAGUUCUUAACAUCGGAAGUUUUAAUACCUUCACAGCCAUAGUGCAAAGCCACAAGCCCGGGAAUGCAUCAUUCACGUACAAGGACACAUUCGGUCGCAUAAAGUUCGUUCCUGGAGCCAACCAAUACUUCCUUGAAGACAAGCUGGAAUUUCUUGAUCAACCCGAGGAGUGGUUUUACGACAAAGCUACUAGAACACUAUUUGUAAUGACGGCAGAUGGCAAAUCCCCAGAGGGACGUGACGUCAGAGGGAAGGUUAUGACGUACGCAUUUAACAUAACCAACUGUAGUCACGUGGUUUUUAAAAAGCUGAAGUUCUUUGGGACAGCGCUACGGGCUUCCACAAUGGAUGAAAAGAAUGCAGUGAAUAAUUUGACUUUCCACUCGAUCAUCUUCAGUUACCCGUCGUAUACACGACGAAUGCUUGGCGACACUGCUCCUGCUGAAUGGACUAAAAUGAACGCGAACACGAAGAAAGUUACCUUCAAUACGUUAACGGUUUUCAACAACACUUUCUAUGGUACCGAUGGCGCCGCCUUAGAGUUCAGCGGUUUGAAUGUGACUCUGGAAAACAACUUGUUCGAAUACAACGACUGGACUGCAGCAAACACGGUUUACAAGAGUGGAGGGCUAGGCACGAUUAUUUCUAGAGGUAUUGGCGACAUUUUUGUGAGAAACACCUUGCGGUACAACGGAGCCAGCAGUGGCAUAAGACCUGGUUUGCGGCCUACAGUGCGGCUUAACCAUUUGCAUCAUCAAUGCUGGGGUGCUAUACAGGUAACUACUUCUCUUUUCCUUGCCAGACGUAUUUCAAUUGGUACAUUAUCAUGGGGAACGAAAUCACUGUCUCCAUCAUGGUUUCCCAGAAGUGACAGCGCUCGCCCACUACCGCCAUAGGAAGGGUUGCAUUUUUGAACCUGGCGUCACCUGUGGUUUGAGUUUGACGCCAUAAUAAUGGAGCUUUGAUUGGUGCAAGUCCUUAAGACAUUUGAUUCCGAUGAAUGCAGUCUAAUAGAUAUAAAAAAGGAUAAAUUUCAUUCAAAUUCUAGGCAGCUUGACGCUCUACUUUUGAUAAGUGCAGUACGUUGCAUUUUCACGGUAUUUGAACCUUAGGCAGGAUCUGCGAUCACAUAUUGUCGCUGUUAUGAUUUAGAAACAUAUGCCCCCACCCAUAAUAUUCUGCAGUCUUGAAGCUCUUUAGUCUUUUAUUUGACAUACGGUAGGGUUGGAUGAAUUUCUUGUCUACGUUACCUUUCGGUGCUCAUUCACUUUGUUUUUUGAUAACCUUUCAGCAUGACGGCAGUCACGUUCAAGUACAAAUCAAAUCGCAAACUCAUGCAAUUCUCCAGCAAAAUUGGGCGCAUUCUAGUCCUAAGUAUGGGGUGAGAUUUGACGGACAACCACCUCUGCCGGUUGGACGUAAUGGAACAAUGCAUAGUAACGUGGUGUGGAAAUGUAAUGGCAUGAUGGUAAAAGGAGACAAUCACACAGUGCAACACAACCUGGUGUUUGAUAAAAGAAAUGAGAGAGACGGUGACCACCAAGGUGAUAAAUGUUCCUUGUGUGUUUUACGUUAUGUUCGCGAAAACCCUGUUCCGAUCAACAACGGAACUGUAGUUUUAUUCAACGGAGCUGAUAAGGCAAACGGUGGCAAACACGGGGGAGAGUUGUAUCCUUUGGCCGGGAGUGUUGUGAAGUUCAACGUUAUUGGAAAUGUUACAGAUCAGUUGGUCGAUCCAGAUAACUUCGAUUUUCGACCUCUUUCCAAUUCCACUUAUAUACAGCACAACGUUGGACCCUACAGCUAUGACCCCGCGUUCACGCACUACUGGAUACCGGGACGGCAGUUGUAUAAGGCAAGCACGCCUGUCCCCGCUGACAAUAGUGUAAAGAUAAGCCCAGAUCGAAGGGACACUCUUAUGUGGCUGAAUGGAUACGGAGCGUCUGUCCAUCAUGUUUAUUUGGGAACUGAUAAGGAGAGGGUUAGCAGCGCCUCGCGCUACUCCUCUGAGUACCUUGGAUCGGUCGUCGAUGGUGGGAAUGUCCUACACCUGAAGACCACUCUGGAGCCUCAGACCAAGUACUUCUGGCGCGUGGAUUCUGAAUUAAAGUCGACUUUGGUAUAUCGAGGUGACGUGUGGUCUUUCAAAACAAGUGGAAGUAGCUUUUAG